GCCAGCGCCGCGAUCGCGACAGAGGCGACAGAAAAUCCCCCCGGGGCCCCCCCGAGGUCGCGACAGGUGUCCCUGUCCGUGUCACCAGGUGUCCCCAGGUGUGUCCCCAGGUGUCCCAGGUGUCCCCAGGUGCGGCCAUGCCGCGCCGCCUGCUGUCCCUGCUGCUGGCCCCCACGCGGCUCCUGCUGGCCCUGCGGGGGCUCCUGGCGCGCGGGGGACUCGCGGUGGCCGCGGUGGCCUCGGGGGUGGCCUUCGGCCUCUGGGGGGUGGCGCUGCUGCUGCGCCGCGGGCCCCGCGCGACAUUCGGGUGGCACCGCAGGGACACGGCCCCGCCCGGGCUGGCCGAUGGCACCUUCGGGGAGCACCGGCACCUGCGGCUCCAGGGCUCGGGGCUGCGGCUCCAUUACGUCACUCGGGGUCCCCCCGGGGCCCCCCUGAUGCUGCUGCUCCACGGCUUCCCCCAGAACUGGUUCUGCUGGCGUCACCUGAUGCAGGAGUUCUGUCCCCGCUUCCGGGUGGUGGCCCUGGACCUGCGCGGCUACGGGGACUCGGAGAAGCCACCGGACAGGGACAGCUACCGGCUGGAGCUGCUCCUUGGGGACAUCUGUGACGUCAUCGAGGCCUUGGGGACCCCGGCGGGGACGCCGCGCUGCGUCCUGGUGGGACACGACUGGGGCGGGGUCCUGGCCUGGGAGGUGGCCUCGAGCCACCCGCAGCUGGUGGAGAAGCUGGUGGUGAUGGACGCGCCCCAGAGGGGGGUGAUGGCAGCGUUCACCGCCCGUCACCCCUCGCAGCUGCUCCGUUCCUGUUACAUGUUCCUGUUCCAGCUGCCCUGGCUGCCCGAGCUGCUGCUGUCCCUGGCCGACUUCCAGCUGGUGCGGCUGUUCCUGACCGGGGCCCUGACGGGCAUCCAGGACCCGGCGCGGCGCCUGUCGGAGCAGGAGCUCAACUCCUACCUGUUCGGCCUCUCCCAGCCCGGGGGGCUCAGCCCACCCCUGCACUACUACCGCAACCUCUUCGGGGUCACGCCCAUCCCGCGGGAGCCGCCCCCUCUCCCCACGCUGCUGCUCUGGGGCUCCUGCGACGCCUUCCUGGACCCGCGCCUUGGCCCCGCCCACCUGCGCUGGCUCCGCCCCUCCGCCCGGCUCCGCCUCCUGCCCGGCGCCUCCCAUUGGCUGCCCGAGGAGAGCCCCCGCGCUCUGGCCAAGCUGAUUGGAGAGUUCCUCGGGGGAGGGGCCGAGGAGGGGUCGUAGCCACGCCCAGGAUGGGGGGCGGUGUCGAGAGGGGGUGGGGGAAGGGCGGGGCUUGUGGGGGUGGUCCCAACAUCUGGGAGGGGGGAUGGGACCCCAACAUCUGGGUGGGGACGUGGAAAUUUGGGUGACGGCCCCAACAUCUGGAUGGGAGACCCUGCGGGGGUGAUGGGGACCCCCAACAUCUGGAACGGGGACGUUGAAUUUUGGGUCAGGAUUCCAACAUCUGGAUGAGGACCCCAACACCUGGAUUGGGGGAUGGACCCCCAGUUUUGAGAAGAUCCUGGUUGGGACCCCAACAUCUGGAAUGGGGACAUCAACAUCGGGAUGGGGAUCCCGUGGUCAGGGUUGGGACCCCUAACAUCUGGAUGGGGACACCGAGGUCAGGGUGGGGACCCCAACAUCUGGAUUGGGGGGGGACCCUGGGGGGUGAUGGGACCCCCAACAUCUGGAUGGGACCCUUGGGGGGGUGAUGGGACCCCCAGCAUCUGGAACGGGGACCCCAAAAUUCCAGCGACGGACGCUGCUUUUCCGGGUUUGGGCGGUGCUUUGUUCUGAUUGGUCUGCGGUUGCGUCAAUCAAAGUGAUAAACCAAUCGAGGCGAA